CCACUUUUCAUGCCAGCCAGAUGGCCAUCACUCACUCACCGUGGCCCACGCAUCCGUCCAUUGGAGAAUGAAGGCACACCCACCCACUCACGCACGAAAGCACAUUUGGGUGUCUGUCUAUACAGCAGCAGCCGUCACGCUCAACACAUUAUCACAUUCACGCAGCUCAGCUCGCCUCACUCAUCCAGGUGCCCGUACAGGCGGCAGAGUAAAGUCCGUCAUGCUGACGACCUUGAUGGCGCUCAGCUCUCGGACGGUCUUGUCCCUCUCGCCCAGCGGCAUGUCCACCCGAUACACGGCCUCGUACGACUCGUCCAGAGAGCCCUCGUGCAGACUGUACAACAGAAUGUUCUGACGGGGGUGCCACCUACACACACACACACACACACGCAAAUGCGCGAAUGCGGGCGUGUUGUGUUCUGCGUUUAGUCCCUCACUUGCAUUUGGUGAUGUGCGUGUGUUCCUUGCCGGGGGCCCAGCUGUGGACGAGCACGUCCGUGUCGACGCCCCAGAUGAAGACCAUCUGGUCGUACGGACCCCCCAGUGCCAGCAGACUGCCGUCAUGAUUCACCGACAAAGUGCCGAUGCUCUACACACACACAUACACACAUAGAGGGAGGGAGAAAAGACGAUGUGCGGCUCUCUCUCCGUCCUUGUGUCAGCCCCACCCCUCCACCCACCCCAGUGGAGCAUGCGAUUGUCUUGGGGCAAGUCAUUGUCUGCAGGUCCCACAGCUCCACCAGCCCAUCGUCAUAGCCGCAGGCCAUCCACUCGCCUCCGGGGUCGGCCGCCAGCGUCGUGACGGCGCUCGUCUCGUCCGUCUGACGCAGAAUGGCGCCGCCCUUGGACAGGUGCACGCGCUGCUCGCCAGGGAGGGGCUGACCGCGGUAGACCUCCAGGUAGCUCUGGGAGGCCACAAACAGAUACUCGCCAAGAGAGUCGUAGGCAAGGGCCUCAAUCUAUGCAGAGAAAAGACAAAGGGGAGCCUGCGUUGCAUCCAUUGGGGUGCGUGUGUGUGUGUAUGUAUGUGUGUGUAUGUCCUGACUGAGUUGUUGCCGUAUUUCUUGUCUGAUGCUGGGAUGGGCCGCGAGGCCAGCCGGAUGUCGUAGAUCUGCACACACAGCAACGAUCCAACCACACCUACCUACCUUUGCCGUCGUCCCAUCCUCCCCCGUACCGUACCGUCAGUUUGUCCCUGCUGUCUGCGAUUGCCAGGACGGUUCCAUCUGGCCGCCAUGCCAGCCGCUGAGGCCAAUCGUCACGCAUCUCAGCCUGCAGUGGACACACGACAUACGGGUGUUCCCUUGUCUCCAUAAUUGCGUUGUGCCUGAUUACCCUGCCGAGCUCCUUGGCCUUUGCCACGGCCGGUGUUCUGAUGGGCUGGGUGGUGCGGGCGGGGCUGCCGGUGGCCGACGGGCCGCUCCUCGGAUCAACACGAAUGUCCUGAAAAUGACAAGCAACACACACAGAGAGAGAGAGAGAGAGAGAGGGAGGGAGCGCAUUGGGCUGUCGUGAUUUGGCGUGUGCGUGUGCGUGUGCGUGUGGGUGACGUAUGUACAUACAUAAAUGGCGAGUUUUCUGUUGCUUCUGUGUCCGAGCGCGAAUAUGUGGUCCUGCUUGGGGUUGGCAGCCGCACACUCGUACUUGUCGUCGUCGGACGACACCUCACACGCCACUUCAAAGUCGUGAGUCGACUGACACACACACACACACACACACACAUAAAAGGCAAGCGAUGUGAGAGCCUAAAGCACAUCUGUGAGUGGGUGCAUGAGUGAGGGUGUCCCACCCCACCCACCUCACCUGCUGCGGUGCUGUUUUGCAAACCCAGACCUUCUCACGACAACACACAAUGAAAUAAUCACCUGCACGUGAGAUGCAUAGGGAGCGCACACCGCCGACACACAACAAGGAAGGACACACAGGCAUACAAAUCAGAUCUGAUGUGUGCGCCUCUCUCUCGGCGGCUCACCCGAUGAGCUCCAAUCGAGGCUCCGCACGCCCAGACCCUUCCGAGUCUGAAUGACCACACACAGACACACAGAUACGUGCGAUCGAUGGUGAUGUCACAUCAAUCACAUCGCCACGGCAGGCAGUCAUCACCUCUGCCGCUCGCCUCGGCGGCGUCCAUCUGGUAUCUCUGAGGCCGAACUCUUGGAACUCCUGCUUCUGCUGUAGCUCAAAGGUGCGGCGCUGCGACAGAUACGCCGCCAGCACGGCAGGGUCGGACGGCACUGAAGCGGACAAACAAACAGAGCAUCAGGGAUAUCCCUCUGAGUCAUGGACGCUCACCUUGAUACCGCUUUGUGACCAGCUGUGUGAUGUCUGAGCCCGUCACUGACGACAUCUCAGCGACGCAGAGCUCAGGGAAGGCUGUCAGUCAGUCAGACCAGCAUCUGACCGACCUGCGGGAAGAUCGCUGACAGAUCUGCUGUCGUGUGUGGCGAAAUGAGCAGACGGGGGUGAUGGAAAGGGCCACAAACACACGAGGGAGCCUUCCGCGCAGCGGAUUUCAA